AAUCAAAAUGGCGGGCAAUGAGAGCUGUACUUAGGUGUACUUUAGGUCAAAGUGGCUACAAAUUAUCAAGUAAUAUCUCUAGCUGAACCUCUUUAGUCAAAGAUGAAUAUGCUAAAAACUCCAGAYGAUAGCACUGCCGUYGUGAGAAUGAUGGGAGAGUUCAAUCGGUUCCUCUCGGACCCUGAAGUGAGUGGACUCGGAGAUCCAAAAUUACGUCUAACGUAUGAUGAUCUUACUGAACCUAUAGCUGCAGUUGGAAAAAYCACUGGGAAAUMUAUYACUGAUCAUAAGCCCACUAGGAGCAUCACUAGAUCUCAGAGUAGUGGCGCUGUACUAGGGAAAGAUCGWGAGAAAGAUUUAGAGCUCAUCAGAAAUCGUAGCAAAAUCGCACAUUUGGAAAGUGAGUUGAAUUCAAUGGAAUCUUCACGUAAAAGAGCUAGAAUUGAGCACGAGAAAGAUUGCCAAGUGCAUAAAAAUGAACUUCUUAAACGUUCUGAAGACAUGGAAGAUUUAGAACAAACAGCAAGAUAUGCUUUAGAUCAGGAGAAGUUUGUCAAAGAACAGUUGAACGAUUUAAAGAAAGAAUAUGAAACAUAUAAAACAAAGGUCGAAAAAAAGACCAAUAAUCUACAAAGAGAGAAGUUAAAGCUCAGUUCAGAGAUAGAAGAGAUAAAAGAAGAAAACAGUAGAAAACAACUUGACUUGAGGAAUUCAAUCACUAGAUUAGAAGCAGACAAGAUCAUCACACAAAACAAGCUUGAAGAAUCUGAAGCACAGUUGGAGAUAUUUAAAUGGAGAUAUGCCACAGCAUCAAAGAAUCUGGCUGAGUUAGAAGAGCUUAGAAUGGCAGCUAGCACAGCAGAUCAAAAAGUGAAGGAUUUACAGUUGAAGAUAUCAGAACAAGAGGAUGCAGCCACCAUAGCCAUGACCAUGAAGAAUCAACUAAGUCGAUACAGAGAACUGGAAAAACAAAAUUUUAAACUUGAAGAAGACAACCGUUAUUACAGAGAAACCAAUGAGAAUAAUUUAUUGUUGAAAGAACAGAUGGAAAGCAUGAAAGCAAAACUACAAMGAGCUGACCAAAGAGUCAAAGAUUUAACCAUCAUGGAAAUUGAAAAUGAGGAACUGAAAAAAAGAAUCAAGAAAUGGGAAUUAGAGGAAUCAUCCAGUGGUAAGAAGGCAGCAUCACCAGCACAGCUGACACAGGAAAUAUCCAAACUACAAAAAAGUCAAGUGGUUUURUUAGAAAAGCAGAGUGAUCUGUUAGCAAGUGCCCAGAUACAUGAAUCUGCACAUGAGAAAGCCAAAGCUGAGAUGAAUUCAUUGCUGAAACAAUUGGAGGAGCUCAAGGAAAGUGAGUCCAAAUACCAGGAAGAAUGUCAAAAACUCCAGCGAAGACUGUUCAUGAUAACAGCUGAAAGAGAUGGGAUUCGCCGAAUUCUUAAUGUGUAUGACAAUAAUCUAUCCUCUAAUUAUGAACCACAACUAAGAGACAGACUCCAAGAGACUGAACAAAGGCUUGUGACAUGUCAGGAACACAUUGACACAGUGGAGACUGAGAUAAGUCAAGCAAGACAGGAAACUGCUUCWSAAAAGACWAAAGUCAAACAGCUUGAAAGAGAACUGUCAGAAUUAAGAGCCAGGAAACCAAUUCAAACUGCGUCCAUUGGUGCAAGUAGUGAGUCUGAAUUACAAAAACUAAAAGAAGAAAACAAAAAGCUUUCUGAAAAACUUGAAAUGUUUGAACUGCGUAAAGACCAGAUGCACAUGCAGGGMUACUAUGAUCCUUACAAAACCAAAGUUCUUCAUUUCUCAAUGAACCCAGCAAGUAUUGCCAGACAGCAAAAAGCUGAAGAGCUUGAGAAAUUGCGAAAGGAAAAUGAAGCCCUACGUCUUAGAUUGCAGGGUGCUGAGGGAAAGUCUCCUUCUGGAGCAACAAAUUCAGAUAAUAAACAAGUAACACCAGAACUGACACACAGCAGUUCAAAAGAAAUUGAAGAGGUUAAAGCUCAACUGUCAUCCUCUGAAUUAAGAAAUCAACGUUUAAAAGAGGUGUUUUCCAAGAAGAUUCAAGAGUUUCGUGAAGCUUGUUAUGCAUUAACAGGUUACAAGAUUGAUGUUUUACGUGACAAGCAAUACAGGUUACAAUCAAUGUAUGCUGAAAGAUCUUCUGAUGAUUUGCUAUUUGAGAGUAGCAACAAAGGAGAAAUGAUGCUUUUAGAAACAGAUUUUUCAUCGCAAGUCAGAGAACACAUUGAGACAUAUCUGAGAAGAAUGAACUCAAUCCCUGCUUUCCUUAGCAACGUAACCCUUGAUCUAUUUAGCAAACAAACCACUACAAUUGUUAUCAACUAGCACGUGAUAGGCACGUGAUCAUCAACCAUUCACGCAUUGUUGUCAGCUAUUAUCAAAUGUUAUAAUAUUACACUUGAUUGACAGAAAUAGGUUGGCAAUAUCAAUCGUAUAUGAUAAAUUAAAGUAAGAUAAUUUUUUUAAUUAAACUAACAAUAAGCAUUGCAGGAAAUGUAAAUAAAAUUUUUCUCUUAAAACAAUUCAAUGGCGAAUUGUGGCGUUAUUCUACGGUUGCCGAGUGGCUUUUAUGAUAAGGAGAUUGAUCUAAAAGGUUUCACAAAACCUUGCAUAGACUGGUUUGAUAACUUAAACCUAGUCACAGC